AGAGGUGGUCUGUCAAUGAAGAGAUCUUCAAUAUGACGCGAACAACGCGAUCAAGGACAAGCUCCAAUGCCGCUCCUUUUCAGAGACUCGGCCGUAAAGAAGCAAGUAAAGGCAAUGUGCUGUGCUUAAGCAUGAUCUACGCCAGAGAGGAUGCAGUUCCAGAAAAGGAUUUCGGUCAGGUGUGGCGCGAUCGCUUGCGCCUUGUGCAGCUGGAGAGCAACGGAUGGGAAGUGUACAGCUGUGAUCUAUCCCACGAUGAGUCCUUGGGCGUAAUGGGACGGCAUCUGCAAUCGAAUUUCGACCACCGUCGAUUUCAGGAGGCCUUCACACGACGGUUUCCACAUGGCUUGGAGAUACGCCAGGUCAUAUUCGACUAUUUCUACAUCCCCGAGCACUGGGCCAGUCAGCGUUGGGGCUCCGGCCGCCUCGUCACCGACACAAUCCCCUUCCUGCGCCGCACCGCCAGGGUCCGGGAGUUCUGGCUGCCCAAUUGCAAGGUCAUGCGGGAGCUUUUGGAGGAGCACGAGGAGGUGCUGGUGUCGGAGGGUCUUGACUGGAGCCUGGUGCGGGAACGGUGGAAAAACGUCCUGUACGUGGCCACGGAGCAAGUGGACGGGAUCAUGCAAAGGAGCUUGGCCGAGGUGAAGACAAAUGCGAACCAGGUUGCUGCCUACCUGGAUGACCAGUACCCGUUUAUAAAGAUAAGCCCCAUCGUCCUCGCCAAGCCGCGUCGCUAUCGCCAAGAAAAGGGGAGGGACCUCAAGGACAAUCAAAAACGGAGCAAAGUCGUGGAGGGGGGAUUGAAGGUAAGAUACCAGAAAGGAGCAGAGCGUAACAUUCUCGCACCGAGGAAUCAUGGCUGUAUAUUCGAGGAGGAUGAGAACCCCGUCAGCCGUUAGGGAUUGCCUUAAAGUCCGGUAGUAGACCGCACUGUUUUCUGUAGGAUGGCUCUCGCCUGACCGAUGGCUUUGCCGCAUGCAACAUUGGUAUUUAUACAUGGAAAGGUGGUUCUGCUAUUUUCAACAUUAGGUAGAAAGCAUCAUGGAAAAUAGCCUGAAAGGCUUCAGGACCAACGAC